AUGACAUAUAAUCCUAACAAAAGGAUUGGAUGUCCUACUCCAUUCACUUGGAAAUUAACACAAUCGAAGCAAUCUCUCGUGACAUGUACAAGUGGUACAUUCCAACAAAUAGGAAAUGACAUCCAUAAGAAAACACACACUUCAUUACACAUCAACAAAUCACUUCCAAGAGUAAGUAGUCCUUCCCCAAUACCUCUCACACUUUCCGAAGACCAAAAAACUAUUGUGGACUCUGCUAUGAGGGGGGAAUCGUUCUUUUUCACCGGUGCCGCAGGCACCGGUAAGUCUCACGUGUUGCGAGUGAUUGUCGCAGCACUUCGGCGCAACGGGAAAAAUGUGUUUGUAACAGCUUCGACGGGUGUUGCUGCGUGUAACAUCAGUGGGAUGACUGUUCACUCGUUUUUUGGGAUAGGUAUAGGCAGUGGGACUGUCGAAGAGCUCUUAAAUAAAGUCAAAAAGGACAGCAUUGCGAAAGCCCGGAUACGCAGUGCUGACGUUCUCGUCAUAGAUGAGAUAUCAAUGAUCGAUGAUCGGUUAUUUGAUAAGAUCGAAACGAUCAGUCGAGUCAUUUGUGAUAGUCCAAAGCCGUUUGGAGGCAUUCAAGUCAUCUUAUGUGGUGACUUUUUUCAGCUUCCACCUGUUUCUUCUGAUGGGUUAAAACGAUUUGCAUUUGAGGGAGAGCAGUGGAAUAAAGUAGUGAGGCGAAUGUAUAACUUGAGUGUUGUACACCGGCAGAAGGAUAAAGAGUUCAUUUACGUGUUAAAUAAGAUUCGCUAUGGAACCGUCGAUGAGUGGUGUUUGAAUAAAUUGCGAGAGCGAAUAGAUCAAGAGAAAAAGGGAGAGACGUACACUAUCCUCUUUUCGAAAUUAAAUGACGUCGACGAAACGAACUCUUGGAAAUUGAAGGAACUCCACAACGAGAGUAAACUUUUUAAAGCAAAAGACAGUGGCAACACACAAUUGUUUAAAACGAGUAAAGUGCCAACAACACUCGAAUUGAAAAUAGGAGCUUUUGUGAUGGUCACCAAGAACAUUUCUAUUGAAAAGAACUUAGCGAAUGGAAGUCUUGGUGUUGUCAUUGGAUUUGACGAUGAAAACACGUUUGGGAAUAUUCCCGUCCCUGUUGUGAAGUUUGAGUUUGGGACAUUUAGCAUAAAAGAAACGAAGUGGGAAGUCGACGUGGGCGGGAAAGCCGCAGCUACUCGUGUACAAAUACCUUUACAAUUAGCAUGGGCAAUUAGUAUACAUAAGAGUCAAGGGAUGACACUUGAGAGAGCGAUAGUGAGAAUAGAUAAUGUGUUUGCAAAUGGUCAGGCGUAUGUUGCUUUGUCGAGAAUCAAAAGUCUUGAAGGACUUUGUAUCAAAGGGGGUCUUCGUGGCGACAUGUUUAAAUGUGACCAACGCGCAAUUAAAUUUGAUCAAAUGGUGAGGAGCGGAGAAUAUAAUUUACAACACCAAAUAGAAGAAGAGAAGAUGGGGAUGAGCAAACAAUGUGACAAACACUUAGAAGACCAAAUUCAAAGAAAAGAAGAAGAAGAUGCAAUUAAGAGAAUUGAAGAACAAAAGGAAAUUGAUAGGAAGGCCGAGGGCAUAAGGAAAUUACUUGAGUUCAAACCACGAGAAAACACACCCAAUCAAAUGCAAUCACCGCGGAGUGUUCUUGAUAUUUGCAAUUUUGAUGAAAUCAAAGAGAACACAAUGAAUGGUGUAUCAAAGAAGAUGGAAGAGGAGCCAAUCACUCAUUUGGAGGAGCAACAAAGAGAAACAACAAAAGAGGAAACACAUGAAAGUGAAGACGACAUGCCAAUAAUGCUCUUAUACACACGAAUGAAUGAAAAGAUGAAGAAAGGAAUACAACAAACUAAUGAAGGUGUUACACCUCUGGAAGAUGACAUGAAAUGUAAAGGAGAAAGCCUUGUAAUUAAUAGCACCAAACAAGUGAUUUGUAUAGAUGAUGUGGAGAGUGUCAACGAUUACAAAAUGGACGAAACCCCGAAUGAAACUCCAAAAGAGUUUCAUUCGAUAUUUGCGGAGAGACUUAAUGAGAAGUUGAAAAAGAAAACGCAGAGCAAAGCCUCUGAAUUGGCAAAGAGGAGUUUACAUGUUCCAAGUGAACCAAUUCGACAGUUUAAAAACAACUCGCCGUCUUCGGUUUUAGAGAGGAAGUCCAUUUCAAUUGAAGAGGUAAACACUAAUGAAGAAUCAUUUGAACUCGAAUCGUUUCAAUUUGGCGAUUUGUGCGAUGGAGAUACAAAAACAACAACACAACAACUUCCAAUUGAAAUGGUGAAAGUGGAACAUCAAGUCAUAGUCCCAAUGAGCAAGAAUGAAGAAACGAAUUAUACGAAAGAAUGUCAAAGUAAACGUGCGAAUUGUGUUAGUGGGGGUCAAGGGUUACAAAACAAAGAAAAUAAAGAAGUGAAUGUGUCGCCAAAGCACUCGAAGUCGAUCUUUUCCGUCGACUGCUUCACGAAAAACAACUCGAAGAUUUAUAUCAAAGCGCCACAAAAUUUGGGAGUUUUUUCGGACCACUACCAACGAUCGAAUAUGAAGAGAACGAUGGAAGAGAAUUCAUAUAGUCCGAAAAGGAGAAUUACAAGUAUGGAACGUGAGCACGACAAAAAAAUGGAAGCGGACGAUUUUGCGAAAAUGGAUAUAGAAGUCUCGCCAAAGACUGAGGAGGAUAUAAUGAAUGAGAGUGCGAAAUUGACAACAAAAAAGAAGACGAAAAGUGAUGUGAAAGUGGUUGAUGUGGUUCGUCGAGAAGAAUCAAAUGAAGGUGACGUGUUCAAACAAAUCAGCAAGGAAGUAUCUAAUGACAUCAACACAUUAAUUGAGAAAGAGUCGGUUGAAAAGAGUAGUAACGAAGAAUUGAGAGAUGACAUGAGACCUUUUAAAAUCGAUGAUUUCGAGAAUCAAAGUCAAAACGAGGAUAUUGAGAAGGACGACAACAGUGAGAGUCCCGAUUGUGACAUUGACGACUUAGAAAACAACGAAUGUGUUGAUUGUGAGAAUGAAGGGGAGACUGAGGAGAUGGAUGAAUACAAACAAAAAGAAGAAGAAGAAGAAUCGUUGUGGUUCAGACUCUAUGGAAAUCCAGAAGCACUCAAAGGACUCUCACAAGAACUUCAACCGAAGGGUACAAACCAAGACCCAAUCGGAGGAAAGACAACAUCCAUUGAACAACUUGUAAAUGCGGACGGUGUAGUGACGUGUAAUUUGAGUGGGGGUGGAGUAACUGACCCCAUAGUCCUCGACGAUGUCUCGCAAGAGGAAAAAUGA